UAAGAGAAGGAAGGAGAGCCAUCUCUGAUGAGAUUAGGGCAACACUUAUUGUUGAUCAUGUAAUCAACCACGGAUUGACCAUGAGAGAGGCUGGACUGAGAGUCCAGCCCAACUUGAGUCGAUUUACAGUGGCGUCCAUAAUUCGAACCUUCAAAAAUGAGAACAGAGUGGAAAGGCAAAGACAUCAUCGCGGACGAGGACGCUUGUUUACAGAUGUACAAGAGACUGCAAUUAUAAAUAUGGUUUUGGCCAACAAUGCAAUUAGGAUUCGAGAGAUAAGAGAGCAUAUCUUGAAUAAUGACACCAUAUUCAACAACAUCAAUACUGUAAGCCAGUCGACCAUACAACGCAUCCUCCAGCGGCACCAAGUGACGAUGAAACAACUUUACAAGGUGCCAUUUAAGAGAAACUCUGACAGAGUCAAGAAUCUGCGACAUGACUUUGUAGAGAGAGUAUUGGAGAUGGAUGCCCAUGUAAUUCGCCACAAAUUUAUUUAUGUGGACAACACCGGCCAUAUACUCACUUUUCUGGAUGCAAUUCACACAAUGCUUGUCCCUGAUCCAGAUCAGGUGCCUGCUAGAUUUGUGGUUAUAUGGGACAAUGUUAGUUUUCACCGGGCUGUUCUGGUCCAAAACUGGUUUGCCACCCAUCCACAAUUUGUAGUUUUGUACCUACCCCCAUAUUCACCUUUUCUAAAUCCCAUUGAGGAAUUCUUCUCAGCCUGGCGCUGGAAAGUGUAUGAUCGCCAACCCUUUGCCCGCAUGCCGCUUCUCCAGGCAAUGGAGGACGCAUGUGGGGACAUAGAGGUGGCCUCUGUCCAAGGUUGGAUACGCCAUGCUAGGAGAUACUUCCCUUGAUGUUUGGCAAGAGAAAACGUAUCUUGUGAUGUGGACGAAGUAUUGUGGC